AAAAAUCAUUUGACUCUCCCCAAAGAAUUAGCAAUAUUUAGCACUUUGCCAUUCUUUCCAAAACCCUCCAUUCUCCUCUUUGAUCAGACCUAGGGUUUUACAAAAGUAAUCAAUGGCGUCAUCUACUCGGAUUUUCGGCUACUGCUGUCGAGCUCUAAUGGCCGCUGCUAAGACUUCCGCAGCAAUAGCUACUGUGACCAAAGUCAGAGGUCGUCCCACUGGAAUACUGAAGCCACAACCAGUUUCCCCUGCACUAGGAAGCUUCUUAGGUACUAAAGAAGCCUCCCGCGCUGAUGCCGUCAAGAAGGUUUGGGAAUACAUUAAAACCCAGAAUCUUCAGAAUCCUGCAAACAAGAGAGAGAUACAUUGUGACGACAAGUUGAAGACAAUAUUUGAUGGCAAGGACAAGGUUGGUUUUCUAGAGAUUGCAAGGCUAUUAACCCAGCAUUUUCAUAAGGCUGCUUAAGUUCUAGUUAGGCGGUAACUUCUGUAAACAUUAGGCACCGUCUGGAUGCUGGACAUUGUUCUUUACCUAGCUGGCUAGCUUCUUUCUGUUUCUAGUAGCUCUUCUGUUUGCCUUCACCCUAGUUUGAAUUAUCAAGCGGGGUCGAUCCAGAUGCUCUUUAAAUCAAACGGUUUGAAGAUGAAACAAAAAGCAACAGGGUAAUGGUAAACUACUACCAUCAAUGUUCCUCCACCCCAAAAUUCCCUCCUUAUCCCUUUCACAAUUUGAAGUUAAGCAAGGUAUGUAGGAUGACAUACUUUUGAAACACAAAUUGUACCGGUUGAAAAUGUAAAAUUCUUAUUGCGGUUAGUUCUCUUCAUUUUGCUGACAAAAGUUAGCCUAUUUA